AUGUUUUUGCGCUCGCUAAGCGUCCUGCCCGUUCUGGCGGGAUUGAGUGGUGUCAGUGUUCACCAUCUACUAUAUCGCCAUGGCGAAUGGGAUCUGAAGGGUGUUGAUAUGGUUAUCUUCUAUAUUAUUCUGACACUUGGCCUGAUCGCGCUACAAUGUUCAUCAAUCCUCCCUCCAACCGAAGUUCUACAACGGCCCAACUGGGCUUUGGAUAUCGUCAAGUAUCAUAUCCUGGGUGUUUAUACAAGCAUGUUGCUUUAUCGCGCAGCCUUCCAUCGACUCAAUCGGUUCCCUGGCCCGUUUCUUGCCCGACUUUCCAACCUCUAUGUGACCUCGCUGGUCGCCAAGAAAUUGCGUCUCUUUGAAGAAACCGAGAAGCUGCAUGAGAAGUACGGUGAUUAUGUGCGGAUAGGUCCAACCGAGUUGUCAAUCAGGGAUCCCGCGGCUGUAAAGCCGAUCUAUGGCUCGUCUGCCAAGGUUUCCAAGGGUGUAUGGUACACCUGUAGUGAGCCUCGGGUAUCCCUCGAGACAGUCCGAGAUAAGAAAGUACAUGCAAUGCAGAGAAAGGUGUGGGACCAUGGAUUCAGCUCACAAGCGUUGGAAAAUUACGAGCCGCGUCUCUCGUACUAUGCGACCCAACUUGUUGAUGCGAUAGACAGCCACCUAGGCCAGUCUAUGAAUAUGACGCAAUGGUUCACCUAUCUUUCAUUUGAUGUGAUGGGUGAUCUAGCAUUCGGUAAGGGGUUUAACAUGCUGGCAGAAGCCAAAGACCAAUACUUCCUCACUCAGCUGCAUGGCAAUAUGAAAGCGAUCGGCCUUACUAGCCAUCUGUCAUGGAUCUUUCCAUUCUUUAAGAGAAUCCCAGGGUUGAAUGCUGGACAUUUGAAAAACCUACAAUGGCUCGGGGAGCAGGUGGAUAGGAGAAUCAAGAAUCCGCCUGACAGUCCGGAUAUCUUUUCAUGGGUUCUUCAGGGAUACGAAAAAGGCCCUAAGACCAAGCAAGAUUAUGCCAAUCUUACUUGCGAUGCCGAGCUCAUCUGCGUUGCUGGAAGCGACACGACAUCUGCCACAAUGAUCAAUAUGUUCUUCCACUUUGCAAAAGACCAAGCUCUCUAUAAGACUCUUCAGGCAGAGCUGGAUGCACUGAAAGAUUUGACACAGGAGAGCCUUAAAAAAGUCAAGCUGCUCGAGGCAGUGAUCAAUGAGACUCUUCGCUUGCAUCCAGCUGUACCUUCUGGUCUUCAGCGAUUAACUCCACUGGAAGGUCUACAAAUAAAUGACACCUAUAUCCCGGGAGACGUCACAGUUUGUAUACCCAUGCAUGCGUUAUUUAGAGAUGAACGUGCAUUUGCACAACCGACCGAGUUCAUUCCUGAAAGAUGGACUACCAGACCUGAGCUCGUCAAAGACCCAUCGGCAUUUUUCCCUUUUGGAGGAGGGUCUUAUGUCUGUGCAGGAAAACAGCUUGCCAUGAUGGAAAUUCGCCGAGUGAUUGCAGAGAUAUUAACGCGGUAUAAUGUUACCUUUGCACCUGAUCAUAGUGAUGAUGCCUUCCUAGAUGACACAGUUGAUGCCUUUACGGUCGUCCCUGGUCCUGUGAAAUUGAUCUUCAAGAAAAGGUAG